AUGCUUGGCUUCGCGUCCUACUACGGCGACCACAUGGUGUUGCAGAAGGAGCCGGCGGGGGCCGUGGUGUGGGGCUACGGGGAGCCGGGGGCCGCGGUGACCGUGGCUCUCUCCGGGGAUGGUGGCCUCGUUGUCAUGAAGAAGACAGUGCAAGCUAAAGGACCUUCCGGGACGUGGACAACUGUCCUGGACCCUAUGGAUCAAGGCGGACCCUAUGUGCUGACGGCCGCACAGGGCUUGGAGAACGUGACGCUGCGGGACGUCUACUUUGGGGACGUGUGGCUUUGCAGCGGGCAGAGCAACAUGGCAAUGACGGUCUUGCAGGUAAGCCCCCACAGCAAGGCCCGAUCCUGCCAGCUCAGGCAGGGAUCAGGCAGGGAUCAGGCAGGGAUCAGGCAGGGAUCAGGCAGGGAUCAGGCAGGGAUCAGGCAUUUCCCUUUGCAGCCCGCUGUUUCUUGAACAGAAAACUUGGGCCAUGGGAAUUUCACCUACUUCUCGGCCGUCUGCUGGCUGUUGGGACGCUACCUCUACGAGGCUCUGCGGUACCCCGUCGGGCUGGUGGAGGCGGCCUGGGGGGGCACCCCCAUCGAGGCCUGGUCCUCCCGCAGGGCUCUGCGGGCGUGCGGGCUCCCGGAGGACGCGGGGAGCAUCUCCCCGCACCAGCAUGUCUCCGGCCCGCAAACACCCUCCGUGCUCUGGAACGCCAUGAUCCACCCACUGCUCAACAUGACGCUGCGGGGUGUCGCUUGGUAUCAGGGCGAGGCUAACGCCUUCCUGCACACGGACCGGUACAACUGCACCUUCCCUGCGCUCAUCACCGACUGGCGCCGGGCUUUCCACGCCGGAGCGUCCGGGCCGACGGAGCCGCUCCUCCCGUUCGGUUUUGUGCAGGUGAGGGGGAGCGAGGGGCGAGUCCCGGGGGGAGGGGUCGAGGGCGCGGUGACGAAGCUAUCGGAUACCAACCCCAUCUCCCUCCUCUUCCUCGGCAGCAUCCACCCCCGGGACAAGCAGAACGUGGCCCACCGGCUGCACCUGGGCGCCAGGGCUGUGGCGUACGGGGAGAAAGACCUGGUUUUCCAGGGCCCGUACCCCACCCGG